AUGCAGCGUCGCAACGUGAGGCAGUUCUUCGUCCUUGGAGGUGAUGGUACGCACAAAGGUGCCAUGCAGGCAUUUACCUCCAUGACUGCCAUCAACCAUGAGUGUGCAGUGGUAGGCGUGCCAAAGACCAUCGACAAUGACAUCACCCUUGUGGAUCAGACCUUUGGAUUCGACACAGCAUGUACUGAGGCACGGAAGGCGAUCGACUCUGCCUAUGUUGAGGCCACCACCAAUGCCAACUGCAUUGGACUGGUGAAGCUCAUGGGCCGUCACUGCGGCUGGAUUGCUGCCCUGGCUUCCAUUGCCGCGCGAAAUGCAGACGUUUGUCUUAUCCCUGAGAUGAGCAUCGACUUGGACAAGUUAAUGGAAUACAUUGUCGAGGUCAUGAAGCGACAAAAGUAUGCUGUAAUUGUUGUGGCUCAAGGUUGUGGAGAUACCAUCAUUAGCAGCGGCAAGAGCACAGAUGCGGGAGGAAACAAAGUUUUGGCUGACGUCGGCCCAUUCUUGAAGGAUGCCAUCGCCAAGCACUUGAAGAAACUCAACAUGCCUUGCAGCAUCAAGUAUAUUGAUCCGACCUACAUGAUCCGGGCUGUGCCGGCCAACGCCUUCGAUAGCAUUUAUUGCUCCGUGUUGGCGCAGAUGGCAGUCCAUGCCGCAUUGGCUGGAUUCACCGGGAUUAGUGUUGGCAAAGUGGACGAGCGAUAUGUGAUGCUUCCCAUCCAUUCCAUCGUGGACAAAGGAGCCAGGAAGGUUGAUCUACAUAGCCGUGUUUUCGAGCGACUCUUAAAUACCACUGGGCAGCCUAGCUUCGCAUGA